AUGGCUAACCUGCACCUCUUGUUGUGGGCCUGGCUUAUACACAGUGCCUUCGCCAAUGUCGAGAAAACAAUCUUCGUCGCUCCGGCGGCCGAGCCUCCUCCACAAGAUGCAAGCAUCGACAGUUUACUUCUGACUCGGCUCUCCGAGCAACAUCCUUUGGCCAGGACUUUCCUCAAUGCCAGCUUUCCUACAGCAGACUCUCCGAAAGGGGUUGAGACUUGGUUUCUCCUCGAAGGACUUCGCCCUCAGAGGCGAUACGAGGUUCGCAUCUGCUGGCUAGCAACACAACCCACAUCAUUUUGGCUGUAUACCCAGACUGUGCAGAAGGCCUUUGAGACACCAGAACUUCUCACAUCAUUGUCUGCAUACUCAUAUGCGCGCCGUGGGCAACUCGGCGCCAGGGAGAAGCAGUCCCUUCAGCUUCGUAAAGCGGACUCCGUUGCUCGCGACUCAACUUUCCUUUUUCUUCAGGUCUUUGCAGCCGCAGACUAUUUCAGCCUCAACGAGACUUUGAUGGCGAUGGUUCCACCGAUAGCCGUCGACGUCAUUCUUGACCCAUAUAUCCUCAACGUCUUCCCGAAAUCGUUGUUGCCGACUGGGCUUUAUCUUCUGCUGAUCGCAACAGGGGCAUGGUUCCUAUCCGGUUGGAUUUCGCACCUACUGUCCGUAACCCCUCUUGCUGGACCAGCGGAGGAGACGAAGAAGGGCAAGUAG